AUGCAGAGCUUACUUGUAUUGCCAGUUCCUAUGUACCACAACGACUACAACAUUUGGUCAGUUUUAAAAAAUUGUAUAGGCAAAGAAUUAAGUAAAAUAACCAUGCCCGUUGUAUUUAAUGAACCAUUGAGCUUCCUUCAACGUAUCGCUGAAUAUAUGGAAUACUCUUACUUGUUGAGAGUGGCUGCCGAACAGGAAGAUCAAUUCACCAGGAUGCAAUAUGUUACUGGUUUCGCUGUAAGUGCCCUUGCCUCGAACUGGGAACGUCUGGGUAAGCCCUUCAAUCCCCUUCUUGGAGAGACCUAUGAGCUAGAGCGAGAGGAUUUCAGAAUCAUCUGUGAGCAAGUCAGCCAUCAUCCUCCUGUGUCAGCUUUCCACGCGGAGAGUAAAGACUGGGUUUUCCACGGAUCUAUUCAUCCGAAAUUGAAAUUUUGGGGGAAAAGCGUGGAAAUCCAACCUAAAGGAACAGUUACUGUGGAGUUUCCAAGACUUAAAGAAGCGUACACUUGGAGUAACGUCCAGUGCUGUGUGCAUAACAUAAUUGUGGGGAAACUGUGGAUGGAACAAGUUGGAAACAUGGAGAUCGUUAGUUAUGCUACAGGGCACAGAGCUAAUUUGACGUUUAAAUCGGCUGGAGGGAACAGUAAGGAUCUGCACAGAGUAGAGGGUUUUAUUUCUGAUAAAUCGAAGCGCAAGUUGUACUUCGUUUACGGGAAAUGGACAGACUUUUUGAGGUGCACAGACUACCGCCAUUAUGAAGACUAUGUAAAGGAGAACCCGACGAAAUUCUGCUCUGGCAACUCGAAGAGUAAAAGUCCAAACGAUUCUCCUUCCCACACAUCUAGGAAGGUUCUUCAGAAAUUAAACAGCCUCAAAGUUAGUUCCUUCAAGAAUUCCACACAGGAAACCGCGGAUGAAUGUGGAACCGACUCCGCUGAUAAGACUGUCCCAAAAAGUGAUUCAACUUACUCAAUCGACAUUCCCAAUUCCGCUACAAUCUGGAAAGUCAAUCCUAGACCACCACAGACUAGUGACUAUUAUCAGUUCACAGAAUUUGCAAUGUCCUUAAAUGAACUAGAGCCUGGUAUGAAGAAAACCAUUUGCCCUACAGAUUCCCGAUUGAGACCAGACAUAAGGAAGUUGGAACAAGGUGAUAUUGACGGCGCAGCCAUAGAGAAGACCAGAUUGGAAGAGAAGCAGCGGGAUGCUAACAAACAUCGUAAAAAUAAAAAGACCGUAGAAUGGAUUCCUCGGUGGUUUUUUCAAGGCGUUAACCCUUACAACAAACAAGAAGAUUGGCUGUACAACGGAAAUUACUGGAGAAGACAAUACUCAGACCCCGACAUAUUUUAAGCAGCACUUAACUGGGUAUCCAACUGGAUUUAUGUA